AUGUUGAAGGCCUGCUCUCCAUCCUGCUGGCGAUUGUUCGGUUGGUGGUGGUAUAAGUAUGCUUGCUCCAACUCGCCUUUUCCCAGCCGCUGCAGGACUUAUGCUUGCUGCCUGCGAGCCAAAAAAAGCAAAUUGCACCAAGUACAGAUCGCUAACCUUAUACUCGGGGCUGACCUUCAUUAUCAACAUCUCAAACCGCGGCUAGACGGCGUCCUGGCUUGUUUUGUCGUGUGUGCUGUGGUGUCUCUGGUGAUGAUCGCCCCUGGUGAGCAGCCGGCGCAGCCGUUGAUAUCUAUCAAUCUCCCUGCCAGUCUUCGGUCUACAGUAUACAGAAGCACACUUACAAGAUAA